AUGUUGCGCCACGGUGCGUGUGGUGUUGUGUUUGUGUUUGGGCUAAUCCACCACGGUUGUUGCGCCACGGUGCUGGAGAACUCGCCCAGCAACAAAGCUGAUGCUGGAACCAACGACAAAGUUCUUGUUCGAGUUGAGACGCGUCACGAGCCUGACUUGAGCCGCCUCAAGUCAUCAGUCCCUGGACAUAAAUACCUGCAUGCAUUCGAGGUGGGCGAACGCCUGGGUAUGCCGCAGGAGACGGUGAUGCGCCUCGCAGGCACGGUGCUGAUGGUGCUUAAAUCAGACCCUGACGAGCCUCCAUUGGCCCCCACCUUACCCAAGCCUAAGAUCAACAUUGGACUUGACCUCUUGUUCUUCAAACAGAUGCAGGAGGUACAAAGUUUUACAAAGCAUCAUCUCGACAGGUACUCGGCUACAGUCACCGACACAGCGACGGCUUGUGGCUGUUCACUGAAGAGACGGUGGCGCUGCUGGAGGCUUACAACGCGAAGUUCCCCCGCGUCGUCGAGGCAGUUUGUAGAACCCGCGGCGACGUUACUGAGGAGGAGCUCUUCCCGGGACCCUGACGGUCACGUGGUCCCUCUAGGGGCACGCGGCACCGUCAUAGGCCUGCAGCCAGCACCUCAGCCCUCCGACUUCCUUUACGACGUGGCUUUCGACGAAGCCUUCGCCGGGGGCUCGACACUAGCGGGCCCCGCGUCCGCCCACCGCUGCUACAGACUCCGCUGGUCUGCCUUCGUCAACCUCUCCACCGAACCUCCCCACCCGGAAGAGCAAGGGCCCCUGACGCAGUUCAGACAACCGGUGCCAGAGGCUCGACGGGGGAAUGUGGAGCCUGAUCCGGCGGUGCAGCGGGGCCAGCCUAAUGCAGGAAGGACUUUCUCUCACAGCUACUACCCCAGCUGUGGGGAAGACGUCUUGGAAGAAUGGAGAACGCGGAAUAGCGGCCGUGGGGAAGACGCCGUGGGUGAACGGAGAACGCGGAAUAGCGGCCGUGGGGAAGACGCCGUGGGUGAACGGAGAACGCGGAAUAGCGGCCGUGGGGAAGACGCCGUGGGUGAACGGAGAACGCGGAAUAGCGGCCGUGGGGAAGACGCCGUGGGUGAACGGAGAACGCGGAAUAGCGGCCGUGGGGAAGACGCCGUGGGUGAACGGAGAACGCGGAAUAGCGGCCGUGGGGAAGACGCCGUGGGUGAACGGAGAACGCGGAAUAGCGGCCGUGGGGAAGACGCCGUGGGUGAACGGAGAACGCGGAAUAGCGGCCGUGGGGAAGACGCCGUGGGUGAACGGAGAACGCGGAAUAGCGGCCGNACACGCAGCACUCAUCACACACACGCAGCACUCAUCACACACACGCAGCACUCAUCACAUUAA